CCCAGAGCUUCCUCCCCUCCUAACUGCACCCCAGGGACCCGCAGGUGUUGCUUCCCUCCAGGCCUGAGCUGGCCCAGCCAGGCCCCUGACCCCACUGGGACCCUCCCCAGAAAGCUGGUGUUUUCUGUGUCCUGAGUUGCAGCCCCCGCAUCUGGCCUGGGCAGGGGGCUGCCCUUGGUGGGCUGGGGGGCCGGCAGGAGCUUAAGCUGACACAGCUGCAGGGAGGUCGACCUGCAUGCCGAGCGCCGCCUCUGCGCCAUGGACGGCGACCAGCCCAGUCUGGAGCCCGCCGCCGCGGGCCCCAGCAUCCCCGGCCCGAGCGUGAUCGCGCCGCUGCGCGCCGUGGUCCGCCUGCGUCGCCGCGUGUGCCUCCUGCGCAAGCGGCGCCUCCUGCCGCCAGGCACCGGGCCGGCCUCCGGGGCUGGAGCGCCCAGACCCGGCUGCAGCUCCGGGGCGCCGCACGCUGACCUGGACCAGCCGCAGUUCUUCACCUUCGACGGCCCGGCGGAGCUGCAGUCCAGGACGCCGCGCAAGAGGCGCCGGCGCAGCCGUGUGGUGCUCUACCCCGAGACCUCGCGCAAGUGCCGGCCUCACGCGGAGCGCCGGAGCCGCGCGCAGCGCUGCCUGUUGCUGCUUGUGGCCAUUGUGGGCUUCCAGGUGCUCAACGCCAUCGAGAACCUGGACGAUAACGCGCAGCGCUACGACCUCGACGGGCUGGAGAAGGCGCUGCAGCGCGCCGUGUUCGGUCAGCCGGGUGCUGUGGGGCGCAUCGUGGCGCUGCUGCGGGACUACCUGGCCACGCACGUGCACAGCCGCCCGCUCCUCCUGGCGCUGCACGGGCCCAGCGGCGUGGGCAAGAGCCACGUGGGCCGCCUGCUGGCACGCCACUUCCGCGCUGUCCUCGAGGACGGCGCGCUGGUGCUGCAGUACCACGCGCGGCACCACUGCCCCGAGCCGCGUGCUGCGCAGGACUGCCGUGAGGAGCUGGCCGGGCUCGUGAACGACGUGGUGGCGCGGGCCGAGGUGGAGGAGAAGACCCCGCUCGUGGUGCUGGAUGAGGCGGAGCUCCUGCCGCUGGCGCUGCUGGACGAGCUGCAUAGCUUCCUGCAGCCGCAGCGUGCCCACCACUUCCGCAACGCCAUUUAUGUGCUCCUCAGCAGUGCAGGCGGCUCGGAAAUUACGCGCUUCGUGCUGCAGAACGCAUCCCGCGUGCUGCCCCAGCGCUCCAACGGCGCCCACGGUGCCCACGGUGACCGGGAUGGGGCGGCAGCGGUGCAGGCCGAGGAGGAGCUGCGCGCGGGCCUGCGGGCGCUCCUGGUCCGCGAGCACCCGCUGUGGCAGGCGGCGGCCAUCGUGCCCUUCCUGCUGCUGGACAAGCGGGAUGUGGUCAACUGCUUCCGGGACGAGAUGGCCGGGGAGGGCUUCUUCCCAGAGCCGGCCCGCGCUGAGCUCCUGGCGGCGCAGCUCAGUUACUACCGCGUCGCUGGCCGUGAGUUCGCCGUCACUGGCUGCAAGCAGGUGGUGGCCAGGGUGAAUCUCUUGUAGCACAGGCGCAGCUGGACAUGAUGGCCGCUAGUAGGUACCGUGGGACUUUUGGGGUUGUUGGUGGCAGUAGGAGGGAGGGGACCCUGUGGAUUUGCCUGAGGCCUUUAAUAAAUCUGUCUCCAGCCCCCACUGCCCUCCCCGACCCGUGGUUCACCCUGGAACCUAAGGAGGCUGGUGGGGGUGGGUCAGUUCUGUGGCCCCCCCUUCCAAGAACAAUUCCCCCAUUCCAGCCCCCAGUCUGCCACCUCCCAAUCCUCAGUUCAGCCUGCAUUCCUGAGCACCUGCUGUGUGCACCUCAUUGCAGGCGUCCCAGGAGGCAGGCAGUCCAGUCUCCACGGUACAGAGGAGGGAUGGCCUCAGAGAAAGUGCGUGGCUCCCAGAGUCACAUAGUUGGUCCCCUGCACUGGAUAUGACCUCAGCUCUGUGGGGCGCCUGCAGCAGCCAUCAGUGACACUCACACACACUCCCGUCCAGUCCAGCCCUUGCUCCCCUGCCCACCCCCUGGGCCCCGCAAUCCUGGAUGCUCCUCCGGCCAGGAGAAUCGUGCGGACUCCCUGGAUUUCUCCUGGACUCCGGCGCCCAGUAGCUCCCUGGAAGGCGGGAUGGGUGGGAAUCUCCACAGAAUGAGCUGAUCCAGUGGAAUCCCCCGAAUGCUCUGGAAGGUGGGGAGAGCUCUCUCAGGGUGACAGGGGCGCUGACUUCUCAGACCCCCCUGCCCUGGUCACCAGCUUGCUUCAGGACGCCGAACCAGGGUAGGCCUCAAGGUAGAGAGAUCCCUUAGACUCAACUGCAGAGGUUUUCAGGUUUUCGGUCCCACAUUGCUUUUCAGGCGCUGUGGGCGCCUUUUGCGCGUGUCUCCCUGAGGGCGGUGGUCGCGUCCACGUGGACCCCACUUCUCGCAGCCGCGCUUCCCUCGAGACCUGGGGUGGCCUCCUUGCUGCGGCUCGGCGGCGCCGCGUGGUCGCGGGGACACGUGCACAGACGCCGACGACGCUGACCACCGCUACUGCCAACGGGGGACUCGGGGAGCAGAGGCGAAGCUCUGGUUGAGCCGGCGCGGGGCUGUGCGCGCCCACCACCCGCGGCACAGCUCAGCACGCCCCCGGCGCCCCGCAGACCCCGGCACCAGCGCAGGCCGGCUCGCUGGGGCUCCCUCGUGGGGGGGCACCCCCGCGCCAUCCCCUCUCGUCCUGGCGGUCGGCGGCGGCCCUGGGCCGAGGUCUGCCGGAAAGAGAGGGAAGCAGCACGGGGGGAAGCACGGGGACCGGGGCCCAGGUGGGAAGGGCGGAAGAACUCCCCGAGAACCCGCCGGGGCGGGGGGUGGGCACAGGAGGAGGAGAGGUGCACGCGACCUUGGGAAGCUUUGCUCCCCCAGGGGGUUGGGAGGCAUGGCCAGCUCUGUCCACUGACCGCACUUGCAGCUGGGGACAGGAGCCCCAGUCUCUGAGGCCGAGUAGGUGCCAGAGGGGCCCGUGUCCAGUUCGGAGACCCCCGGCGUGGCCCCUGCGUCUGGGUGUGGGCGACAGCCGCGGCGUACUGACGUCUUACACUUCUCUUGGGACUUUGUCUUUUGCCUUUUCAUGCGUUUUUAUAUCUUGCUUUAUUUUUAUUUUUUGGUAGUGGUCCCCCUCAGGGUCCCAUCUGCCUCCUUGAUAGGUUGGCAGUUAUACCGCCAACCGAGGACUUACACCCUCACUUGGGCAGCGACCCGACUUGUGGUCCUCGGAGGGCCAGCCCACCCUCUCCACGCUCAGGGCCGUCUCACCGCCUACUUAAACUCCGUCCUUUUAUCCGACUCCACAUAUCAGACAUUAUAGUUCAUUUUUAUUGAUUUUUAAAUUUUAUUUUAUUGAUAUAUUCAUCAACUAGUUCUCUCUUUUCCCGAGGCUCUGUAAUUUCCAUUCUGCUAGAAACUGGGUUCCAAGGUUCUCUCUGUGCAGGUGGGACAGUUUCCCGGCUGUGGGUCAGUUUGUUUUCCCUGGGUCAAGACAGCCUUCUUGAAAAGUUACUUGGCUCUUCUGGGGCUUUUUUCCUUAGAACUUGGUUUUGUCAAAAUCUUUUCUUCUUCUUUUUUUUUUUUUUUUUUUUUUUAAGCAGGCUCCAUACCCAACGUGGAGCCCAAUACAGGGCUUGAACUCAUGACCUUGAGAUCAGGACCUGAACCAAGAUCAAGAGCUUAACUGUCUAAGCCACCCAGGCACCCCUGGUUUUGUCAAAGUCUUUGGAAAACCUUUUAGGAUCUGAACUGGAACCGCACUGAUCCACAGGACAGUGUGGGGAGUGUGACUCGGUCACCCUGUGAUGCGGUUGACGAGACCUGAUUCACGAGUUUGAAUACACCUGUAUAAUGUUCUGCUGACAGGUCUUGCUCACUUUUGUGAGAUUUAUUCCUAAAAACCAAAUAAUGUUUGGUUGGUGUUGUAAAAGGUUAAUGUUGUCUAAUAUAACAUACAUCUAGAAAAGUGGAUAAAGCAAAAUAUAUAGUCAAACUUUUAUCACAAAGCAAGCACCCAUCCAGGUCAGGAAACGGCAUGGCCAGGCUCCUAGAAACUCUCCACGCCCCUCCUCCCCGGCCCCUCCUCCCCUCCCCAGGCGAUGACCAGCCAACUUUCCACCAAAGUACAGCCUUGUGGCCUUCAUACUUCAGCCACCUAACUUCACAACUCUAACCAGUCUGGUUUAGUUUGUUUUUCAUGUUGUAGCUUUCCUGUUUGCUUAAUUCAAAACAAAACAAAACAACAGAACACCUUGAUUGAAGUAUCAUUUAUAUACCACAAAAUCGACUUAAAAGAGUGGAUGAUUUAAAGAUUUUUAGUAAAUUUGCAGCCUUCUGCAGAUAUUGCCACAAUUCAGGCUUAGGAUCUUUCCAUGACCCCAGAAAGAUCCAUCCUGCUUAUUUUCAGUGAAUACCUGUUUUCCCCCCUCCCUCAGACAACCACUCAUUCUGUCUCCCGAGGUUUGCCUUUUCUAAAAGUUUCUUGUAUACAUGGACUCUUUUUAGCUUUAUGUGUCUGACUUCCUUCCCUUAGCAUACGGCUUUUGGGGUUUGCCCAAGCCAUAGGGCAUCGUUUCUAGGAGUUUCUAGGAGCCUGGCCAUGCCCUGUUUGCUGAUGUGGAUGAGUGCUUUCCUUUCUGCUGCUGAUGAGUGUUCCAUUCCGUGGACCAGACUCGUUCCAUGGCAGAUGCAUCCCAUGUACAUUUGGGUUGUUCGCAUUUGUUGGCUGUUACAAAUAAAUUGUGCAAGGAACAUUUGCUCCAAAUUGUGUGCGCAUACAUUUUCCUUUACCUGGAAUAAAUACCAAAGAGUAGAAAUGCUGAUUCACAUGAAGAACAUUUUGUGUGAUUUUUUUUUUAAAUUUAUUUAUUUGAGAGAGAGAGAAUGAGAGAUAGAGAGCACGAGAGGGAAGAGGGUCAGAGGG